CCUCAGUGGGUUGAGUAAAAAAGGAAGCCACGUUGACUUCACAAACUCGUCUUUUUCCCCCCCGUUUUCCUUCCAAGGAAAGUUCCAAGCCACGUCGGCAACCUGGUGGAGUCUUACCUGGACUUCUGCGGCUUCAUUUAAACACAGACCUGACAGGAUGAGUGUGGGCUUCAUUGGCGCGGGUCAGUUGGCUCAUGCCCUGGUCAAAGGGUUCACAGCUGCAGGUGUGAUCGCGACACACAGAAUCACAGCCAGUUCUCCAGACACAGACCUGCCCACCGUAUCAGGACUGAGGAAAAUGGGAGUAAAUCUGACGACGAGUAACAAGGAAACAGUCAACAAGAGUGAUGUGCUCUUUUUGGCUGUGAAGCCUCAUAUCAUCCCCUUUGUCCUGGAUGAGAUUGGACCAGACAUUGAGGACCGUCAUCUUAUAGUUUCCUGUGCUGCAGGUGUUACGAUCAGCUCUAUAGAGAAGAAAUUAAAUCAGUAUCGUUCAGCUCCAAAGGUGAUGAGAUGUAUGACCAAUACUCCUGUGGUGGUGAGAGAAGGAGCAACCGUCUACGCUACAGGAACUCAUGCAGAGGUGGAGGAUGGGAAGUUACUGGAGCAGCUGAUGGCUAGUGUGGGCUUCUGUACAGAGGUAGAGGAGGACCUCAUCGACGCCGUCACUGGACUGAGUGGCAGUGGACCGGCCUACGCUUUCACAGCCCUUGAUGCUCUUGCGGACGGUGGAGUGAAGAUGGGCCUGCCGAGGAGGCUGGCCGUCAGGCUUGGAGCUCAGGCUCUGCUGGGCGCAGCUAAAAUGUUGCUGGAGUCGGAGCAGCACCCUGGACAGCUGAAGGACAACGUUUGCUCACCAGGGGGCGCCACCAUCCACGCCCUGCACGUCAUGGAGAGCGGUGGCUUCCGCAGCCUCCUGAUCAAUGCGGUGGAGGCUUCUUGCAUCAGAACACGCGAGCUCCAAUAUUUGGCCGACCAGGAACGAAUCUCUCCAGCGGCGAUUAAGAAAACAACUCUGGACAAGGUGCUGCAGCAGCCAGGAGUGACGGUCAGCGGAGUGGCCAAUGGAAACGGCAGAUCUGGCCUCAGUCUUUUCAACACGCGCAACACAGGGGUGAAGAAGAAGAACUGAGUUAGCACCCUGUUGUUCAUACCCGGCUUCAUCAACUCUGCUAAACACAUGCAGAGUUUUACCUGACAUGUUGCUUGACAUUAUCAGCCCGAUCGUCGACCACUUAUUUAUUAGUAUUUGGAACUCAGAAGGCUUGACGCUGAACUGUUGCUGUCUAUGACAUGAUACUGAGGCAGAAUUAUUCCGUUAAUAAGCAUUCUAAAGCCACAAGUCUGACAAUAGACUGAGGCCAGUCAAUACCAAAGGCUAACUGAAGGUGUUGCUGGAAGACUGGGAAGCUUCUUGUGUUGUGCUAUCAGCAAGAACUGGAGCUGAACAACUUGAGUUUGUUUUCACUAUCAUGUGCCUUUUAUCCCAUGUUGUGUCGAGAUCCAAACUCUAUCAGAAGACUUUAGUUUUAAAGGAAACCGCAGGUCUGACUUUCACAGAAACACACAAUGUAUAUUUUCUUAAAGUAAGGGAAAAUAUCGACAUUAAAGCUAGUAAUAAGAUGUUAAAAUGACAUCUGUUAAUCCGUCCUUGUAAUGCGUCCUGUUUUAUCUUUGUAAUGUUACAUACCUUUGUUUUUUCAUCAUUAAAGAAGCUCAGCCCAA